AUGGCGGCUGCGCAACUUCAAGUCGCUCCUGACCGGGUUGCCUCUCCCUUAGCAUCAAACAACCCUUUUCGCAACCGGCUGGCCAGUCAAACGAGCCCACGGCCAACUUCUACAAAUCCCUUCCUCGACGCCACAGAGACUGCGUCCUCACCAAAUACAAUGGCUACCAAUGGGGCUUCCAAGAGUGGUGCAGUCGAAACCACAACAGACCUCCUGGGUGACAUGAGUCUGAGUUCCAAACCUCUUCCAGGGAGACCCGCUCCCAACGGUGACACGAAGCGAGAGAACAUGCCACCGCCUCACAUGCGGCGCCCUCCUGGGCAUAGACCUCAGAUGUCUGACGAAGAGAGACGACGACGAGAAGCCAAGAUGCGAGCUCAGAAGGCUGAACUGGACAUCUUUGCUGACCCGUCCGACCCCAAGCGCCUGCUUGACAAACCUCACCGACGCAGAAACUCCGAAAGUUCUGUACGGGGCAAGCCACUUGAUCCCGAAGAGGAGAAGAAACGCCGUGAGAGGAAGCACCGUGAAGCAAAAAGCCGAGGAAAGCCACAAAAACGCUUGGAUGUGAUUGACAAGCUCGAUGUGACCAGUAUCUACGGAACAGGAUUGUUCCACCACGAUGGACCUUUCGAUGCUUGCAACCCACAUCGCAACCGCAAGGGAUCCCGUAAAGCCCCGAUGCAAGCCUUUCCAGCAGACUCGCUCAACAUGCGCCUAGGAGGCUCUGGUCCAGUGAACAAGAAGAUUGAUAUCGAUCAAUUCCAUGGCCGCACAACAGAAGGCUACAAUGACUACAACGAAGCCGCAAUUGUUGAUGGAGACGCCGAUUACGUCCGGAGACCGCUCCCAGAACGCACAGCCAGCUUCAAUCCCACGUCCCGCGAUAUUGUCCACGGAAACGAAACUGCUGGCCUUGGCACUAGCACCUUCCUGGAUGGUGCCCCUGCCAGCAAGAAAGCCAUCGAAGAGGGCGCAAAGGAAGCGGCCGAACAGCAGCAACAGAUGCAGCUGUCUCGCAAGAAAAGCUUGGCUCAACGCUUCACCCGCAGAGAUCGUUCCAAUACAUUGGAGAACAGAAUCAACGGCAAGAAAAUCCAAGGACCAGAUGGCUUGCUGACCCCGACCACGCCACUAGACACUGCAAAGAGUGAGAACGGAGCAAACCCGUUCUUCCAGAACUACGAUCAAGAGUACGAGAAGAAGGGAGCGGCGAUAGCAUUCGCAGAGGAACAGAACAAAGGUAGAGCACGAGCGUCAAGUAGUCCACGGCGGGAGAUGCCUGCACCGCUCGAGAGAUCCAAGACUGCCGAUAGCACUGGCUUGCCGGACGAGCCAAGGUCUGCGGGUGAUACAAAGUCGGGCGGCGGUUUUCUGAGCAGGAUGAAGUCACUGAAGACCGCGAGAAAGCCUCGACCAGAGCGCCGAGAUACGAGUGGCUGA